CACUUGUUCCCUGUCGAGGUGAAACCCGCUCAGCCGUCCUCCACCCGAACAUGGACCGGACUCUGGGGCUGUUUGCCGGCUGUGUGCUGGUGGUCGGGCUGUGCGCCCGCGGCGGUGCGGCGGUGGAGAGGGUGUACUAUGUGGGGAUCAUCGAGGACUACUGGGAUUACGCACCGAGUGGAAAAAACCUGAUCAACGGCAAAACCAUCGAGGAGGACGAGCAUGCACAUAUAUUUCUAGAAAAAGGACCACAGCGUAUCGGCAGGGUCUAUAAGAAAGCCAUGUACCGGGAGUACACCGAUGCCUCUUUCACAUGCUUGGCUCCACGACCUGCUUGGCUGGGCAUUCUGGGACCCAUAAUGAAAGCUGAGGUUAAUGAUGUCAUCAAGAUCCACCUGAGGAACUUUGCAAGCAGGGUCUACUCCUUACACCCCCAUGGGAUUUUCUAUGAGAAGGACUCAGAAGGGGCGUUUUAUCCAGAUGGGACAUCAGGGAGGUUCAAACAUGAUGACAUGGUUCCUCCAGGAGGCAGCUACACUUACCGCUGGGAGGUCAAACCUGAAUACGCGCCCACGAGUGAUGAUGCCAACUGCCUGUCGUGGCUCUACCACUCACACUAUGAGACCGCCAAGGAUAUAAACUCAGGACUCAUCGGACCGCUUCUCACCUGCAAGAAAGGAACCUUAAAUAAACAAAGCUCAAAGUGGGCCGAGGAGUCAGGCCGCUAUGAUGUGGAUCAUGAUAUCUUCAUGCUGUUCACUGUGAUGGAUGAAAACAUGAGCUGGCACCUAAAAGACAACGUCCAGUCAUGUACUGAUCCAGAAGGAGUCGUUUUAGAUGAUCCAGAGUUUAUGGAGUCAAACAAGAUGCAUGUAAUUAAUGGGUACUCAUUUGGUAAUUUGCCUGGAAUCGAGUUGUGCCAGCACCGCACGGUCGCCUGGCACUUGUUUGGCAUUGGUAACGAGGUGGAUGUCCACAGCGCCUUUUUCCAAGGGAGCACCCUGCUGGACCGGGGCCACCGCACAGACACUAUCAGCCUGUUCCCAGCCACAUUCGUCACGGCCAACAUGGUCCCUAAAGUGAGAGGAAAGUGGCUGUUGAGCUGCCAGGUCAAUGACCACCUCGAAGCGGGGAUGCAGGCCUUUUAUGAAGUGAAGACAUGUGACAAUAAGCCCAGCUCCUCUGCAAAAUUUGGCUUCGUCAGACAGUUUUAUCUGGCAGCAGAAACAGUUCUAUGGCACUACGCUCCAUCAGGAAAGAACCUCAUUACCAACACAUCUCUCACUGAAACCGACAGUGCAUCAGAGGUGUUUUUCAGCAGAAGCAAUGGACAUAUUGGAGGAAAUUACAAGAAAGUGAUAUUCCAAGAAUACAUAGACAAUACCUUCACCACCAAAAAACCAAGAACAGCUGAAUAUAAACAUUUAGGAAUUUUGGGUCCCGUCCUGAGGGCAGAGGACGGCGACACUUUCAAAGUGACGUUUUUGAACAAGGCAGACAGAAGCUACAGCAUUCACCCUCAUGGAGUUCAGUACAACAAGCACUUCCAGGGAACUAGCUAUGAGGAUGGUGAUCAGCGCUCCCAUGUGAGUCCAGGUGAGAAGUUCACCUACAUUUGGAACGUCCUGGAAGGCCCGUCUCCAUCCGACCCCCCCUGCAUCCCCUACAUCUACUACUCUGCUGUCGAUCCCGUCAUGGACACCAACUCAGGACUGAUUGGACCUCUGCUCGUGUGUAAAAAAGGAGAGCUGAAGAAGGAUAAAAAGCUGAAGGGUGUUUUAAGAGAGUUCUUCCUAUUUUUCUUCAUCGUAAAUGAAAACAAGAGCUGGUAUUUGAGGGAGAACAUUGAGAAGUUUGGCAGCAGCAAGACAAAUGAAAAAGAUGAGGCCUUCCAGGAAAGCAAUAUGAUGCAUGCUGUUAACGGUCUUAUGUACGGGAACCUUUUUGGACUGGACAUGUGUGCUGGGGACAACGUUGUGUGGUACACCUUUGGGAUGGGCUCAGAAGCAGACAUACAUGGCAUUUAUUUUGAGGGAAACACUUUCAAUAAGUACGACACAACUCGAGACACAGUCAGCGUGUUUGCUCAUACUUCCCAAACUUUGUCCAUGCAGCCAACAAUUCCAGGUGUGUUUGAAGUCAGCUGCAGAACAACGGACCACUUCUCAGCUGGCAUGAGGCAAUUUUACCAGGUGAACUUCUGCCCUAAAAAUAAACUGACGCACAGAUACUUUGAGCCAACCAGGACCGUGCAGUACUUCAUCAGUUCUGAGGAAAUAGAAUGGGACUUCUCUCCUACACGAGACUGGGAGCUGGAGAGAUACCAAACCAUUGCAAAGAGCAGUCCAGGCAACGUCUUUGUGGGCAGAGCUGAUGACAGGAUUGGUUCCCGCUACAUGAAGGCGGUGUAUAGAGAAUACACUGAUGAAACCUUCCAGGUUUUGAAGACUCAACAGACUCACCAGGGUCCUUUUGGGAUUUUAGGGCCAAUUAUCCGAGCAGAGGUCGGUGAGCAGAUUGCCAUUACGUUCAAGAACAAAGCCAGUCGGCCUUAUUCUAUCAGCCCACAUGGAGUUAGGGCCACCGGGGCGCAUGUUCCUGUCCAACCUGGCCACAUUGUUGAGCUGACAUGGGAUGUUCCUGAGAGCUCAGGACCAGGGCCCUCAGACCCUAACUGCAUUCCCUAUGCCUACUACUCUACUGUUGACUUCAUCAAGGAUCUGAACAGCGGUCUUGUGGGGCCUCUGGUGAUUUGCAGGCGUGGGACUCUGAGUUAUGGGCCGGACAGAUACAGGAGGGACACAGACAAGGAGUUUGCUCUGCUUUUUAUGAUAUUCAAUGAAAAUCAGUCGUGGUACAUAGAUGAUAAUAUCAGACAUUAUCUCGGCUACGACCCAGAAGCCUUCAAGAGAGAUGACGGUUUUGAGGAGAGUAACAAGAUGCACGGAAUAAAUGGUAAAGUCUAUGGUAACCUCCAUGGACUGGAGAUGAUGCAAGGCCAGAAGGUUACCUGGUACCUGAUGGGACUGGGCAACGAAGUGGACAUACACACGGUUCACUUCCACGCCGAGACUUUCACUUACAAGACGGACGGUGUGCAUCGUGCAGACGUGUUGGAUCUGAUACCUGGGACUUUCCAGACGGUGGAGAUGGUUGCAGGGAACCCAGGAACAUGGUUCCUCCAUUGUCAUGUGCAUGAUCACAUCAUGGCUGGCAUGGAGACUGUGUUUACCAUCAAAAAGAAUUCCUCAAAUGGAUCGAGGACCAAAGUCUCCUUUAGGACCUUGAUGCUGGGUCUCCUGGCAGCUAAGAUGCACCAUUAAAACCCACC